CUCCUUCCUAAUUCACCCUUAAUUACGUGCAAUCACGCAGUCUCCCACUCCCAACAGAUUCUUUGUUUUAAGGAUUUUGAUAUUUUUUUGAGCGAUCCCAAAUCUGAUAUCCACCAUUUUCUCACCUCUCUCCACAUCUUCCAAUCCUUUUCCCCCAAUUCAAAAAAGGGAAAAAUAAACUCAUCUACAACAAAUAAGAACCCAAAAUACCAUUCUUUUAACCCUUUCUAUCCAUUGUUCCAAUCAUGGGAUUAAAAGCAUUGUUCAAUAGGAAGAAGAAGAAAUCUCCGUCGGCCGCUUCCGAUAGUCAGACCACAAACCAUUCCAGAUCGUCGUCAGUCCAAUUCAGAGCGAGAAUCGAGGAAGAAUUGGAACAAGUUUUCAAGAAAUUCGAUGUCAAUGGGGAUGGGAAGAUCUCGUCUUCCGAGCUGGGUUCAAUCAUGGGAAGCCUCGGGCAUCCGUCGACCGACGAGGAAUUGAAUAAAAUGAUCAAGGAAGUCGAUUCCGACGGCGACGGGUUCAUCAAUUUGCAGGAGUUCAUCGAAUUGAACACGAAGGACGUGGAUUCCGACGAAGUUUUGGAGAAUUUGAAGGACGCGUUCUCUGUUUUCGACAUGGACAAGAACGGGUCGAUUUCGGCGGAUGAAUUGCAGAAUGUGUUGAAAUCUCUCGGGGAAGAUUGUUCUUUGGCUGAAUGCAAGAAGAUGAUCGGCGGGGUUGAUGCAGAUGGAGAUGGGAUGAUCAGUUUCGAAGAGUUUAAGGUUAUGAUGAUGAUGGGUUCGCGUUUUGAUUCGUCCGAGCCCAAGAAUUGAGGAAACAACAACAGAGACAGAGACAAAAACAAAAACAAGGCAUCAAUUCAUCAUUGGUGAUUUGGCUUUGCUCUUUUUAAAAUUUUAUUAGGAGUUCUUAAAACAAUGUGGUAGUGUAAAUUCUUUGCCUAAUGAAUUUCAUUCUAUAACUUGGGGAUUCAAUUCAAUUAGGAAUGCUUUCUGGUUAUUGGAAAUACGUUUUGGAACAUUUGGAUUUUGUGGGAUGUCGUUAGACAAUGAUUACACGUAUCGUUUUGGCCACUUUGUAAUUCAAAAUGAUUAUUCAAAUUUUGAAUGAGGAGCCUUUCGUUGUCUUG